AUGCAUGUGUUGAACCCUCUAUGCAUUGGCCGCACAAUCAAUGAUGUCAUCCAAACAGUUGUCAACCAAAUGGAUGUGAAACCAGUGAUCAGUCAAACCAGAUAUGGCUAUAAAGAAGACAACGUGAGGAGUGGUGCGAAGCCGAGGCUCAUAUUCUGCGCCAUCAGUGGUGAAGAGCAGAGCAAAUGCGAGCACUGGUCACAAGCCAUCCAAAGAAGUGGAUGGAAUGCCUUCGAGUAUGACUUGGAGUGCAAAGUGGCCACAGAUAAGGAUCAGUGCAUGAAUUGGAUUGAGAACUCUUUGGCACAUCUCGUGGUCUUAGAUCCGGGAGAGGUGUUCACUGGCGGCCGAUAUCACAGUUUGGUUCCCAUAAUGUUUGAGUUGUAUAACGCGGUCAAAGAGAAGGGAUAUUAUUCGGUGGCAGUCGUCAAGACUCAGACCUCGAGUUUUAUAAGAGAUAUCCGCGAUUUAAGAGGACGUAAGGCCUGCUUCACAGGUGUGGGCCAUAUGUCCGGUUGGGUUAUCCCUAUCUCCCGACUCCUGGACGAAGAGCUGCUGGACAUCCGUGACUGCAAUAAUAUGAUCCGAAGCGCCGCCAACUUCUUCGGCGACAGUUGUGCUCCCAAUUCAUUGAUCGACAAAAACAAUCCGAUCGGAAACAACCCACUGUCGAUGUGUGCCUUAUGUUCGGCCGCACAUCCCGACAAAACCAAGUGCUCUGGAAGUGAUGUCUUCGCCAACUUUGAGGGCGCCUUUCAAUGCCUGUCAACUGUAGGCGACGUCGCGUUUCUCAAACACACCACUAUUAGCCAAAUGUCACGAUUCAAACACAUCAACAAAAAUGAAUACGAGUUGUUGUGUCCGACGGGAGGCCGUAGACCAGUGGAUGCCUACCAGGAGUGCAAUUGGGGUUUCGUUCCCUCGCAUGCGGUCGUCAUAUCCUCCGCCACUUUACCCGAAGAGAGAAACAGAAUCCAAAAGUUUUUAUUUGAAUCCGUCGACAGAUUUAGUCCACAGAAACCCAACAGAGACUACCUGUCCGGACAGACGUUGAGGCCUGGGAUUAAUCGAUUCAAUCAAAGUUUUUCAUCGAAAACUAAUUUAACAAAAUAUAGUUUAAUGCAAUUCGACGAUAAACUCAGGACUGACGACCAGUUCUCACUGUUUGGCGAUUCAUUAAAAUACGGGGCAAUGAAUCUGUUGUUCGCCGACGAGACGACCGCUUUUGGUUCCGUAGACAUCAGUAAACAGACGUUUGCCGGAUAUCUGCGCUCAUAUGAGUUGCCCCCAAGAGUUCGUUUCGACUACAGGUCUAACGUGACUAAUAUGUUAGACUACUUCGAAAAGCUGCGCAAAUGUCCCGUUCCUAACGCCCGGUUCUGUGUUGUGUCCGACAAAGAGCUGGAGAAGUGUCAGCGAAUGAAGACUGCAUUUCACGCACAGAUGCUUAAGCCUGAGCUGAGUUGUCUGAAAGGCCACAGCACUGUGGGCUGUAUGGCACUGAUUCGCGACGGAAACGCAGACCUCACUGUCUUAGACGCCGGAGACAUCUACACCGGUGGACACAAAUUCAAUUUGGAGCCAAUUGUCUCCGAACAAAACAAUUUGAAUGACACCUACUAUUAUGUGGUGGCCAUCACGAGACAGUCCGAUAAGAACACAGACCUCUUGUAUCUCAAGGGCAAGAAGUCGUGUCACACAGGCUUUGGUCUGGCGGCCGGUUGGGUCGUACCGCUCAGCUUCUUGUUGUCCAACUCCCGGAUGCGUCCGUAUGGGUGCGACUCAGUCCGCGCCGCCUCCGAGUUCUUCCAGAAGUCUUGUAUCCCGGGAGCGCUUUCCCGAGAGUACUAUAGUCUGGACAGUACUUGGGAUUACGGAAACCUCUGCGACCUCUGUCACGGCGCCUCAUAUCGCUUCUGUAGCCGAGACUCAUCCGAACCAUUCUUUGGAGAUACCGGUGCUCUUAGGUGUCUGGUUGAAGGCGGCGGCGAAAUAGCAUUCGCUAAACACACGACCAUUUUGGAGAAUACUGGCGGUCGGAACCCCGACUGGUGGGCCCGUAAUGUUAUUCCCGAUGACUUUGAACUGUUGUGUCGGGACGGCACUCGAGCCACAUAUCGUGACUUUAAGCGCUGCCAUUUGGGACGAGUGGCCACCAAUGCUAUCGUCACAAACAAAUACAAUGAUAACUACCAGAAGGAGGCGUUCAUUAAUCUCUUCAUUUACGCGCAACAGUUCUAUGGAUCCAAAUAUUCUGAAGACUUUACAUUCAAAAUGUUUGUCUCGCAGUCGGACUAUCAUGACCUCAUAUUCCAGGACUCAACCGUCCAAUUGAAAGCAAUUCCUUACAAUAAACGCGAUUAUAGACAAUAUUUAGGACAUGACUUCUUGAAAGCCAUGACAUUAGUCGACUGCACGGCUACCGCUCAUCACACCCUCCCCUCACCCAUUAAUUGUGUUCUUGUAAUUGAAGACUCGGUUCUUAAGUCCCUUCAGAAGGAAUCGAUCAGUUGGUCGAGGAGUGAGCGCUCACUACUCGCACUCUCUGUAUAUUCAGGCGACGGAACCAUUAUAUUACUCAAUGAAGACGGUCUGCAACCGAUUGAGAUCUCACAGAAGGAGUCGGAUCUCAUUCCACUGAAGUCUGGCGUCAAGAUUGCAUGCUUUCAAUGGAAUCCAGUCUUCCUUUCGCUCGUCAUUUCGUGGGAAUCGGGAGAACUGGGGGUCUAUUCUAUCAAGAAUUCAAGGGCUAAAUGGUCUGAAACUUCUGUGAAAGCCUAUAACAGACAGAAGACUGUGGUUUGCAUGGAAUGGAUGAACGACGGACUCUCUCUAUUCACAGUCGAUAUGUCGGGAAAGAUAGUCAUUUGGGAAUACGACGAAAAAGCAAACCUUUUACUCGAGAAGUUUACUCAACAAAUAAGUGAUCAAAUAUCAGACACAUUGGCCGUCACUUUCAACAAGGUUUCUUUUGUUUAUUUUGGAUCAAACAGUGGGACAGUGUUUCAGAUGAAUGAGUCGACCGGAACUGUCAACGAUAUCGUGGCUCUCGAGAGUGGAAUCAAACGAUUACUGCAUUAUUCAAAACGGAGUCGACUUAUUAUAAUCACAGAAUCCAUGCUUUUAUGUCAGUAUUCACUGUCGACCACGAGUUCAGACAUCUGUGAAGUUUCAAAGGUUAAGUUAAGCACAUCUGCCCGUAAUAUGGCAUCGGAUAUAAUCACAGCACAAAUGAUCGACGACUCGAUCGGACUGAUCGCUAUUUGCUUUUCUGGGGAACGGGUGGUAAGGCUGUGGCAGUUGGAGAGCGGCAAUAAUGCGGCCGUAAUUGUGGCCGAAUCUGCAGAAUCUCAUUGGGCGGGCGUUACGUCUGUGAGCUAUUGGGGGAAUCUGAUGGUCGCCGGCACCAGCAAUAACCACGUCAUCAUUUGGAAGAGGAGUUCCGGUCUUGAGUUCAAUCGAGUCUCGCAAAUACAGGUCAAGGGAAGUGUCAAACAGUUAAGUGUCGCUAAGAGUAGACACAUCGCAUGCAUCACAACAACCAAUGAUAUCUAUUUGAUUACUGAACAGAAUAUGUGCUUUUCAUACAAAAAGCAAAUUAUUGUCGUCCAGAAUGGCGCCAAACAAAUAAGAGUUAGAAAUAUUGAUUCAGACAUGAAUCAAGAAUUACGAGUUGAGAUACCAAUCCGUAAUAUUUAUAUGGGAACCGAUGGAAAGACAUUUGCCAUCAAACUCAGUGGUUCCAAACGCGUCGACUUUUAUCGCUUGAAUACAUCCAAUGAUGUGAUCGACUCUUACUGUUCGGCCACUAUUAGGGAAACCGAUAAUAUGUUUGUCAUUCACAACGAAAUAGCCUGGAGUUGUUUUAUAGAUAAUAACCAACAAAAUGGAAAGUUUUCUUUAAUAUCAUAUAAUUUGGAGACCAAUAGUGAGGACAGCCAUCAAAUUGAUUUGUUAGUCAACGCUGACAAUAGUGUUCUGCAAAUCAAAGUCAUAGCACUAGAUAUUAACGGAGACUCACUUUUGGCUGUUUUAUCACUGAAUACCAAAUUGUUUCUCUAUAUAUUCAAAAUUGUUGGACUCAAACAAGUGGUCAAAUCAGGACCAAUGGGUCUCUCGAGUCACAAAAAAAUCCUUUUCGCCAAAAUCAAUAGCGACGGAUCAAUGGUCGCAUGUAUUGACCAGAAUUUAUUGACAGUUAUAUUCGACAAUCAGAUAAUUAAGCAAAAUAUUGAUGUUAAUCCUGAGGACGAAAUCGAUGUGCCGACACUUUACUUCUUGAGGACCGAAGAAAUCAUAAAACAAGAGUUGAAUGAAUUGCAGGGUUUAAGUGAAGAGACAACAAGUAUUUUAUUGGAUUUCUUGACCACAAAAACGAUUGAUUUGAAUCAUAUAAUCAAGAGAGUGAACCAAAUCGGAGAGAAUAGUCACAAAUUGUGGAACAAUUUGGCGAAACUCAGUGUUAAGAGUCGAGACAUAAAUAUGGGUUUAUAUUGUGUCUCAAGACUACAAAACGCAAGAAUCGUGAGAGAUGUCAAACAAGAGCUGUCAGAGAGUGGAAGUGAUAUCGCGUGCGCUCUUCUGGCCAUGAAUUUGGGUCUUCACAGCGAAGCUGAAGAAAUCCUCAAAUCAAGUGAUAAUCCGUUGAAGUUAUCAAAAUAUUAUCAGAACAGAAAUGAGUGGCAAAAAGCCAUCAAAUGUGUGGAUCGGGUCAACCAAAAGACCGUUUAUUACAAUUACGCCAAACAUUUGGAGCACAACGAGUCCAACAUUAGGGAAGCCAUCAAAUACUAUGAGAUGUCGGGAACUCAUGUCUUCGAAGUGCCGCGAAUGCUGUUCGACAUCGACAACACCGGCGGCUCUUUGCUGAAGGACUACUGUCUCAAUGAAAACGCCAAUUCAAAUGACAAGGAGUCGGCAUAUCUGGUGAAAUGGUGGGGACAACUACAAAACGCAAGAAUCGUGAGAGAUGUCAAACAAGAGCUGUCAGAGAGUGGAAGUGAUAUCGCGUGCGCUCUUCUGGCUAUGAAUUUGGGUCUUCACAGCGAAGCCGAAGAAAUCCUGAAAUCAAGUGAUAAUCCGUUGAAGUUAUCAAAGUAUUAUCAGAACAGAAAUGAGUGGCAAAAAGCUAUCAAAUGUGUGGAUCGGGUCAACCAAAAGACCGUUUAUUACAAUUACGCCAAACAUUUGGAGCACAACGAGUCCAACAUUAGGGAAGCCAUCAAAUACUAUGAGAUGUCUGGAACUCAUGUCUUCGAAGUGCCGCGAAUGCUGUUCGACAUCGACAACACCGGUGGCUCUUUGCUGAAGGACUACUGUCUCAAUGAAAACGCCAAUUCAAAUGACAAGGAGUCGGCAUAUCUGGUGAAAUGGUGGGGACAGUACUGCGAGAGUCAGGGAGACAUAAGUCAUGCAUUGAGUGCUUACGAGAAGGCAAAGGAUUACUACAAUUUGGUGCGACUCUUGUGCUAUACGGGAGAGAGCGAGAGAGCAAAGAGUUUACUCAACUCAUUGACGAGUGAAGCCAAGAGUGACGAGACUAACCCGGGUCUCGAGUCAGCACAGCUUCACUUAGGCAAACACCUCGAAUCCAUUAACCCAAUCGAGUCCAUCAAUUACUACUUACCUUCCGGUGCUAUUAAGCACGCGAUUCGUGUUUGCAAAGAGAAUCACUUCAUCAAUGAAUUGGUGAAACUCACCAUAACUUAUGGCACUCAAGAAGAAGCCAAGGAUAUCGCCAACACUUAUAUUGAGAACAAUAAUUAUAUCAAUGAAAUAAGCGAUGAAUAUAUCGUUCAAAUCUACUACAAGUGUGGAUACAUUGGACGGGCUAUAGAGGCGGCCCUUAAAACCAGAACCUGGACUCAACUCAGAGACUUACUGUUGGAUCAGAUGUCAGAUCAAAAAGUAGAGUCAGACCAAAGAGACUUAAAAAUAGAUGAAUCCAUAAUAGACUUAGCAUUGGAUGCGCUUAAGACUGAUUCGGAUAUCAUUGACAUAGUUAUUGAUUUACUGCUUCUUCUGGAGAGCAAUAGGACACCACUUAUGGAACAACUGAUAAGAGAUCACAACAUAGAAGUGAAUGAAAAGCUUGUGGACAAAGUGGAGAGAGUGACCAAAAGCAAGGACCAGAAGCAGUCGUUGAUGUUAGCGUUGGCUGAUAUGGCUCUACAACAGGGCAACUGUUUGGUCGCCGCAAAGCUGUAUAGCAAUCAGGGACUCAGAACUAAUGCCAUCAAAGCUCUCAUCAGAACCGGACAGACAGACAAAGUCAUCAGUUAUGCCAACAUUGCCAGAGAUAAGAGUGUCUAUAAGAUUGCCGCUAAUUAUCUCAAAACUAUGGACUUUAGCGACCAAACAGUGAUCGAUAACUUUCUUAAGAAGGCGGGCACUCAGGCCAACAAACGAGAGACUGAAUGA